AUGUCUAAGAAGACAGUGACGCCUUUUGGCAUGGCGCCAAGUCCUGAAGAGAGGGAUACCGUGAUCGCGAUGACCGGAGCGCUUCCACGACACAUCGAGUCGUCGCGAAAGCAUGCCACGUUCGCCACCCCGCGAGGCGACGAAACACCACAGCAUGCAGGUGCAAGCGUGCCGAUGCACACGCCCGUGAGCGACAAAGACGAUUAUUUUUUUCAAGUCCGCUGUAAAGGGAUGGAAGAGAACGUGAUCCUGAGCACCGACGACAGCGAGUCGUUUAUCCAAGCGCGCCAGGCUGCGUGCGACACGAUGAAGCAGUUCUUCUGGCGGUCCGCUUCCACCAAAGAGAGUUCACUCAUGACAAUUUUCAACUUUUUCCACAACGCCCGCACUGAAGAGUCGUACCAACUCGACGUGAGCCAGCAGUCGAUCUACCAGUCUCAGGUUGUACUCUUCCUUUUGAUCGUGUCCCGCGUGGCGAUGGUCGUGUGGUGGUUCAAUACCAAGCACGACACGCCGCUCGUCGGGAUGGACUUCAUCGCGGACAAGUACGCAGAUCCGUUUCACUGGGCGUUCCUUCCGUUGGCGGUGAUGGCAUUGCUGCCGUUCCGGGUCUUCAACUCGUGGGGGAAGACCAAGCUAUUCGCGUACUGGAUCCGUCGAUACUGGAAGCAUUUUGUCACGCUCAUAUUGAUGCUCUUCUGCGUGGGCUACUUCGUCUACUACAAGACGGUCCACCGGUCGAGUCUGAGUGACUUUCGCACGCGCCACAACAAUGCGGGCUCGUGCGGCCGCGACAUCGCAGGUAUGCAUGCAGGCGCGGCGUCCUUGUUUGACGACAUUGCGGCGUCCAUUUCCGGUCUCCAAGAUUACCUGUACAACAUGUUUAUCAUCAACGUGACAGCCACGUCGCUGGUGCUGUGCCUCACCCUCAAGCUGGACUUCCCUCAGGCAGCGCUCGUGCUGGGCAGUUCAUUUGUGUUUUACCUGCUGGACUGGACGUUGGAUCCACCGACGAAUGCCGUGUACUACACGUCCAACUAUUUUGUGUUUUCGUUUGCAAUUGUGCUGCCAAUUGUGACGGGGCUGACCGCGUUCUACUUCAUCGAUCGCGACGCGCGCAUGGCUUUCUUCUCCAAGGUCAACGCUGAGCGGGUCAACACAGCGCUCAAGCACGGCGUGACUGUGAAUCGACUGCAGUACCAAACGCAGGGCCGCGUGGGGGUGUUUGAGGAGCAGUUGCUGCUCGAGUUGCUCGCGAAAACACCGGAAAACGCACUUAUUCAUAACGUGUCGAUCCCGUUCGGCGACCUGACCCUACACGAACUCAUGACCGAACACGCCAAAGGCGAUGUUGUCCGCGGCGAGUACACUGGCCUCCGCGUUGCGAUCAAGCGGCUGAGCGUCCUGACCCGCGAAACAAUCAUGGAUUUUAAAGCCCACGUCGAGUUGCUUGCAUGUCUGCGGCACCCGAACGUGGUGCAGUUCAUCGGCGCGAGCUUCGACGUCCUCACCAACGUGUGUGUUGUCACCGAGUACGUUGAAAAAGGCAACGUGUACAACCUGCUCCGGACGCCAAUGGCGCUCGAGUGGAAUGAUCCGCUGCUUCAAAUUGCCAUCGACGCGGCCCAAGGCAUCGCGUACCUCCACCACAGCAACGUGAUCCAUCGCGACCUCAAGUGCGAGAAUCUCCUCUGUACAGCCACGUACGCGUGCAAAGUCUCGGAUUUUGGCGAGUCCAAGCAAGUCCAAACGCAAGAAUGCUUGGAAACAAUGGUCGGGACGCCGUACUGGCUCGCCCCGGAAAUCCUCCGGGAAAUUCCGUACCAAAACAAAGUCGAUUGCUACAGCUUUGGCAUUGUCCUGAUCGAACUCGAGUCCCGGCGGGAUCCGUACUUUGACUGCGACGACUUGCGUACAAUUGAUAUCAUGAUGCAAGUCGCGAUGGGGACAUUGCGACCGACCAUUCCGCCGACAUGUCCGCCCCGGCGGCGGGCGCUGAUCGAACAGUGCUUGUCCGACUUGCCCACCGAACGGCCAUCCAUGGUCACAAUCCUCAAGACGCUCCAGACAGAUAUUCGCGACGAAGUGCUCGGGUCGCGACUCAACUUUUCGGAUCCGCAACAAAAUCGGCGCCAGCUGCUGCAGAAACAUCAAAUGCUCAAUCGAAGGGGGUUGCAUGAAGUGCUCGCGAGCGACCAGGAGUAA